GAAUGGAAAAAGAAUGUAUAUGUAGAUGGGCAUGAACGGGAGAAUAUAGUACGGUACCAACAAAAAGUUUUUUUACCCAUGAUGGCUGAAUUAGAAUCUCUCCUUAUUGAAUAUGAUGAGAAUGAUUUAACAUUAGUUAAAAAAAAUAAUCCUCUUAAUCAAAAACCGCAUUGUAUAAUAACACAUGAUGAGACAACAUUAGCUGCUAAUGAUAAUAAAAAAACUGGAUGGAGGCCUGGAGAGCAACAUUUAGCCUACUCAAAAAUUCCAAAUAGAUACGUUACAGAGACACUUGAAGUUGGUGUAAACCACGAUGGUUAUUGGAAUGCUCAGUUGCUUGCUGAACAACUUAAGCGAACAAUUGAUGUUUUGAAAAUUGCACUCCUGGGCACAAUUUUUGAAUUUGCAUUUAAUAAUAGUUCAAGUCAUGGUGCUUUUGCGGAAGAUGCAUUAGUAGCAAGCAGAAUGAAUAUAAAAUAUGGUGGCAAACAACCACGAAUGUGUCCUGGUCAAUUACCUGAUGGUACAUCUCAACUUGAUUAUAAAAAUUGCUUAGAAGAUGAAGAAAAGAUCUGUUGUAACAUGAGGAAGUUAGCAAGACAGCCAGAUUUUAUGGAACAAAAAAAUGUUCUUGAAGACAUUGUGUAUAGUCGAG